UCAUAGACCAUCUCGAGCAUAUGUAAAGUCCAGAUUCUCGAUAUACCGAUCGACGACCGCGUCGCGAAACCUAUCACCAAGACCCUCGGCAAUGCUGUGCGCUUUCAACGUGUAUUCUCUCAGAGUCAGGCAGUCGGGGUCGGGAAAGCGCCCCAUCUUCAGCGUCCGGUAUUCUCGCGCCGCGGUGUUGAACUUGUGCCGAGACGUCUUGGUGUACCGCUUCCGUAGGGCUUCGCAUGCUUGCGAGAAGUUGUUUUGUUGGGUUUCGCAGAGGCCCAUAAAGUAUUUUAGCGCUGGCCCGGUGAGGUGCGUCUCUAGGGUCAACACUUUUAUGAAUUCUUUGUUAUCGUCGUCGCGGAUGUCGGAGGAUGCAUCGUCGGCGAUUAUCGUGCAGGCUUUGAUCCAUUGCUCGAUGUUCUCGCCUAGGGAGUCGCCGGUGAAUUUGCGCAUUUUGGGGACAGGUGUUGAGGAGGGUGGCUUUGAUGGCAUGGGAGGCUGCAGGUUUUCUGUGGUUCGGCUUUUUAAAGGCGAUGGGUCCGGUGGGCAAAUCUUGGAUGGUACGUGUACUGAGUUCAAGGGUUGAUGGUGGUGAGUGCCUGUCGCUUGCCGCUCAGCCAGCCUGGCAGCAAAGCAACAUCAAGCAUCCUUUUGAUUUCCUCUGCCAACAUCCACGCAACCAAACUUAGCAGUAGCGCUGUACUGGUGGGAAAUAGCAGUACUUUCUUGCCUUCUUUAGGGUUAUUUUCUUUUACGCCGUUUUGUUUCUAACGAAAUCACAAACAUCCCGUGUUACACAAACUUUUUUAAAUUUGCAAACUCUUCUCCUCUUUAACAUGUGGAGUUUAAAAGCCAG